ACCAACUUCAAAAAAAUUCAAGACGCCAAAGGCACCAAAGCAGCACGCAGCCGCCAACGUCUUUGCUCCAAAACCCCUUCACCACCUUCUCCAAAAUGGAGUCUGGAACAAAGCGACGCAAAACUGAGCACAAUGGCUCUGGCAUCCGCCACAAGGCCCUCAUCGACUUCAAGUCCCGCGAUGCCGCCCAAGUCACCACCGCCAGCCCGUUCAUCCUCAAGACGGACGAGCUUCUCAAACAGACUCGAAUCGACUACAAAAAGACUUUUCAGGGUGUAGAUGAGCAGCUUCACAAGCUCAAGGGCAUCAUUGAUACAAUUGAGCCCCACGAUGCGCUUCCCAUCGCCGAGGCCACUCUCAAGUUCGAAAAGAAGCAUCGCAUAACAAUCCCUUACCCCCAGCCGAAACCCGAUAAAGAGUCUCCGUACAAAAUGGCCUUCUCGCCUCCUGCGCAGUGCAACGUCGUCGGCAGCUACGUCUCGCGAACCAUGGUCUCGUCCCAGAAGCAGCUCGGCAUCGACAUGGUUGUCCAGAUGCCCAAGAGUCUCUUCCAAGACAAGGAUUACCAAAACAUGCGUUACUUUUACCGAAGAGCAUAUUACAUUGCGUACAUUGCCGCCCACAUUCACAAGGAGCUGACCGAGACCAUGGAAAUGCACUUUGAGAGUCUUCACGAGAACCCUCUGCUGCCUGUCCUAGUCUUGCACCCUCGAGCAAGCGCCGACGCCAAGUCAGAAAAGAAGUCCAAGAAGGCCGCUGAUAGUGGCCCAGCCUACUCAAUCAGAAUCAUCCCCUGCGCCACAGACGAUCUCUUCCCGCACUCCAGGCUUACGGCUACCUCGUCCAACCUCCGCACUGACGACGCCGCCACCGACAAAAAGACCAACACGACAACUCCAUUCUACAACUCCACGCUCAACGCCGAAAAAACAUAUAUCCAGUAUUUGAGAGUAAUCACAAGCGUCAAGAAAGAGUGCGCUGCCUUCACUGAUGCCUGUGCUCUCGGCAGGAUCUGGCUCCAGCAGCGCGGCUUCGGUAGUGCUCUGUCCCAGGGCGGCUUCGGUAGCUUUGAGUGGGCAGCCAUCACAGCACUGCUCCUCAAGUCCGGUGGUCGCAAUGGCCAGGCUGCUCUGUCUACAGCUCUCAGCGGUACUGAAUUGUUCAAGGCCGUCAUCCAGUACCUGGCUUCCACUGAUUUCACCAAAAAGGCCGUUGUUCUCGGAUCCUCCACCGCCGACACCAACAACAUGAAGGAGAGCGGCCCGGUUCUCUUUGACGGAGCCAGAGAGCUCAACAUCCUGUACAAGAUGAGCAACGCCUCUGCCGACUACUUGAAGCUCUACGCCAAGUCCAUCUCCGACCUUCUCGCCGACGAAUCCGCCGAUCCCUUUGAGCCGUCCUUUAUCGCCAAAGCCGAUGUGCCUCUUCAAGCCUUUGACGCCGUCUUCACUGUCAAGCUUCCCACCAAGCUCGCCGCAAAGACGCCCGAUUCCAAAGACCUGUUGGCCUUUUUCGCCUCCGAAGUCCACCGUAUCCUGAAGAGAGCCUACGGAAACCGCGCCGUCCUCGUGCACACGCAGCUGCCUCCCAAGAAGCAAUGGAAGCUCACAGCCAACGCCCCUAACCAAACCGGCAACAUCACCGUCGGCGUCAUCUUCGACCCGGCCAACAUGUCUCGCCAGAUGGAGUACGGUCCCUCUGCCGAAGACCAGAAAGAGGCCGCCAGGUUCCGUCAGUUCUGGGGAGAAAAGUCCGAACUGCGACGCUUCAAGAGCGGCAGCAUCCUCGAAUGCGUUGAAUGGACCAACAAGCUCCCUCUGCAAAUCUCCGAAGAGAUUGCCGCAUACGCCCUCGGCCGCCACCUCAAGGUCGACAAGGACGGCCUCGAGCUCUUUGGCGAGGGUCUCGUCAACAUCCUCAACUUCAGCUACACCGACAAGGAAACCUUUGACUCGGUCCGCUCGUCCUUCCAAGACUUUGAGCGCGACAUCCGCAACCUCGAAAACCUCCCCCUCCAGAUCCGCCAGCUCUCGCCCAUCUCCCCAGCCGGGCGCUACGCAUCAAUCGAAGCACCCGCCGUCGGCUUCCACGCCGAGGAAAUCCAGCCCCUCGAGGUCAACCUGUACUUUGAGGCCUCGAACCGAUGGCCCGAGAACCUCAUCGCCAUCCAAGAGGCCAAGAUUGAGUUCCUGCUCGACCUGGACCGCCGCCUCUCUGCCGCCCACGACAACAUCACCACCCACAUUGGCCGUGAGAACCGCCCCGUCGGCGUCCAGAACCUCGCCUACCUCGACAUCCUCUACGACACGGGCGCCGCGUACCGUCUGCGCAUCAACACCGACCUCGAGGAGACCCUGCUGGAGCGCCAAGUCGCCAACAAUGCCAUUGAAGGCCAUGUCCGUGAGACCGCCGAUGCCGCGCUCAAGGAACUCCAGUGGCAGUUCAACAUCCGCCCCCUCCACUCCCAGACCAUUGCCACCUACUGCACGCGCUUCCCGGCGCUGUCGCCUACAAUCCGCCUCGUCAAGCAGUGGUUCGCGAGCCACAAGCUCACCGGCCACUUUAGCGACGAGCUCAUCGAGCUGAUUGUUCUCUACGUCUUUGUCAAGCCGUACCCGUGGUCCACGCCGUCAUCUGUGUCGACCGGCUUCCUGCGCACCAUCCACUUCCUGUCCCGCUGGGACUGGCGCGACGAGCCCCUCAUUGUCGAUGCCGCCGAAGAGAUAACUACCGAGCAGCGCGAGUCUGUCCAGGCCGUGCUUGACUCGCACCGCAAGCGCGAUCCCACGAUGAACCAUGUCGUGCUCAUCGCCGCCACCUCCUACGAUCUCUCGGGCCUAGGCUACACCCGUAACUCGCCCACCAAGAUCACCGCUAGCCGCAUGACGCGCCUGGCCAAGGCGGCUGCUAAGCUCAUCCGCGAGCAGGACAAGGAUCUCGACGCCAUGGAGCUCUUUGAGACGGCUAUCCAGGACUACGACUUCCUGCUACGUCUGUCGCCGCCAGCACUUCGCUCUACGCUACUUGACGCUGGUGUGCAGCACGGCACAGCCAAGAAGUCGGCCUUUAAGAACCUCGACGCCGCAACGGCAUCCACGCCCCUGCCUAUCCGCGCACGUCCUGUUGAUGUAUUGGCCGACGAGUUGUCACGUCUGUAUGAGGACACGAUGAUCUUGUUCCCUGGUGGAGCGGACGACGAUAACAUCAUUGCUGGUCUCUGGAACCCUCGCCUGCAGAAGCAAAAGUUCCGCGCUGGCCUUCCUCACAACUUUAGCCGCGUGGAAGGCGAGGAUGCAGACGUUGUUGAUCUUAACCGUAAGGCAGUCCUGCUGGAGAUUGCAAGACUCGGUGGCUCCCUGAUCAAACAGAUCCAUGUCAAUGAGGAGUAGGGGAUGGAAAUGGGUUUUUGACGUGUACAAACACUUUAUAUGAAUGCAUAUACAUACAUACAUAGCGGGCUAAAUGUUUCUUCUUUGUUAGUUUUUAAAACAGUACAUUUGGGAUUUCUUCACUGGAUAGUCAAUGCUCAUGGGGCAUCAGUUUAAAUUUCACGAAAAAAAAAACAGUGCA